AUGAUGGAUGAUUUCUAUAUGAUUCAGAAGUACCUGGAAGAUAUUAAAGAAUCCAUAUCUACUCAGGAUCUCCCAACAGCGGUAAACACGAUCCAAAACAUCCUUGAAAAACAGGAUCUUGUAGAACUUAACAUUGGUGUGACGGGGGAGUCCGGUUCUGGAAAAUCCACGUUUGUCAAUGCAUUCAGGGGUUUAGGGGAUGAAGAAGAGGGCUCUGCUAAAACUGGCCCUGUAGAAACCACUACGGAGCCUAAAGCUUAUCUUCACCCAAAAUACCAAACUGUGAAAGUGUGGGAUCUUCCUGGCAUUGGAACACCAAACUUCAAAGCCGAUGAGUAUCUUAAACUUGUUGAGUUUGAGCGCUACGAUUUUUUCAUCAUCAUCGCUUCAGAUCGGUUCAGAGAAUGCCACACUCAGCUGGCCAAAGAGAUCACGAGAAUGGAGAAAAUGUUUUAUUUUGUUCGUUCCAAGAUUGACUCAAGCAUUGAUGCUGAGAAGCGGAAGAAGAGCUUUGACCAGAAAAAGACAUUGGAUAUCAUCCGAGAGGACUGUGAAAAUGGUCUGAGAAAGAUCGGUAUAGAGGAUCCUGUCGUGUUUUUGAUCUCUAGCUUUGAGCUCGGCAAGUAUGAUUUAAACCUGCUGCAGGAGAGAAUUGAGAAAGAGCUUCCACAGCAUAAGAGACAUGUGCUGAUGUUGGCUUUGCCGAAUAUCACACUGGAGAUCAAUGAGAAAAAGAAGAAAGCUCCAGAGAAAAACAUUGGAAAAGUUGCCUUACUGUCUGCUUUUGUGGCUACAAUCCCUUUACCUGGUCUUUCAGUUGCUGUUGAUUUUGCCAUUGUUAAAAGGGAGAUAGAAACGUACUACAGUACCUUUGGUCUAGAUGAUCCAUCCCUGCAGAAGCUCUGUGAAAGAUCUGGGAAGACCAUUGACGAAUUCAAAAGUCUAUUGAAGUCGCCACUGAUUGGUGGGAUAAACCCAGCUUCAAUAUUAUCCUUAGCAGGUGCUGCAUCUCUGGUUGUGGCUGAAAAUGCAGUUGAGUAUGCUGUGAGUCUCGUACCCUUACUUGGCACUGUGGUGGCAUGGCUAAAUUAUUACACCUGUAGUUUUCCUUCAUCACGUUAG